AUGGCUCUUCGCAACUUCAUCCAUCGCCGCAACCAUAAAGAGCGCUCGCAGCUUACCCACCGCAAGAAGCUCGGCCUCCUCGAGAAGCACAAGGACUAUGUGCUUCGAGCAAAGGACCACCACUCGAAGCGCGAUAGGAUUAAGCGAUUGAGGGAGAAGGCGCUUGACAGGAACAAGGAUGAGUUUUACUUUGGGAUGAUCAAGGGGAGAGUGGAGAAAGGUGUCCACUACUCAUCCCGAGGCAACGAGCCUCUCUCCUCUUCUAUCGUCUCUUUGCUCAAGACGCAAGACGCAGGCUACGUGCGACGUCAGGUGACCUCAGAGCGCAAGCGCAUCGAGAGUCUCGUCGCUCAGCUGGCCCCCAACGUACCAGAGAUGCGCGUCGAGUGGCUCGAGGAGAAGAGCAGUAGGAUGGAGGCUCUGCGCGCUUCGGGUCUCUUGGCGGAUGACAAGAAGGGCAAAGGCAAGGGCAAGGGCAGGUUGGAGCUAAGUGAGGAUAAGGGAGACGGCAAAGUGGGAUCACAGGGAAAGAGGACGAUCUGGUGCGACGGCGGGGCGGAUGGUGUCCGUUCUUACGCCCCCGCCUCAGCGUCUACAUCAGCGACAGCUUCUUCCUCACGCUCAGCGUUGCAAGCCCCGACUAUGCCGCGCUCGAUCGAGGACUAUGAUCUCGAGGACUUGGACGACGAGCUUCUCCUCAACGAAGGCCAACUCACCGACCUGGACGACGAUGAGGAUGGCGAACUUGCCCCUGUCCAUCUUGCGCAAGACGAUGAAGAGCAGACUGCUCGUCGACGUCGGCGAGCAGAGAGACACUGGUCCUACCUCCUCUCACUCCUUCGUGCCCGACAAAAACGUCUCGAAGCUCUCACUACCGCCUCCGAGCGGCUGGGGCUCGUGCGGGCGCUGAUGGCUAACAAGGGGGGGAGCUCGGUGAGGAAGAUAGAUGCCAAGAAGCAGCAGGUUACGGAUAUGGUGGCUAAGGGCAAGUACACCAAGAAUGGACUUGCUCUGCCUGGGACGGAGGAUAGUGACGAGGAUGAAGAGGACGAGAGAGGUGGGAAGAAGAAGAAGGAGAAGGUCGUCUACAAGUUUGGCAAGGAGAGGAAGCGCUGA